GUAUAAGUAUAUUGGGUAGUUCCCUGAAGUGCUUGGUUAAUUUUAUUGAAUUGUGAAUCAGUCGUCAUGAAAUCUCUUAUGCUCCUCUCUGUGUCUCUUUCCCUGGCCAGGGCGAGUUCUUUGCAAGAACGAGACUGCAGUCAUGAUAAUUGUCUAAGAGCAGUAAUCCAAUCCGGAUCCGAGUUUUGUUCAGCAUAUACAGCAACACCAACAAUUACCUCCCUCCCUACUUGGGCAACAGCAUGCACAUCCCCCUCAACGACCUCUCAGAUUCUUUCUGCGUGCUCCUGUCUCCCGACGCCGACAUCCACGCCCCGAAUACCCACCAUCUGGCUCGCAGGCGACAGCACCGAGGCCCCAGGCGGCGGCCACAACGGCACCGAAGGCUGGGGCCAAUAUCUCCAAUACAGCUUUCCCCCCUCCGUAGCGUUCGUCAAUAAUUCCGCGUAUGCGGGACGCAGUGCAAGGAGUUUUACGAGAGAGGGGCGCUUUGAGGCGAUUGCUGAGAAGGUUAAGCCGGGAGAUUGGGUCGUCAUUGAGUUUGGGCAUAAUGAUGGGGGUAGUCCGUAUCCAGCGGCGGAUGAUAAUGGGAGGGCAGAUUGUCCUGGUGCUGGGAAUCAGACUUGUCCUACUGUUUAUGCAAAUGUCUCGGAGAUCGUGUUGACGUAUCCUACGUACCUGAAAGAUGCAUCUGAGAUGUAUCUCUCGCUAGGAGCGAAAGUUAUCCUUUCCUCGCCGACGCCUGAUAAUCCGUGGGAAACGGGCAAUUAUAGUUAUACCCCUGAUCGUUUUACUUAUUACUCUUGGCUCUCCGUAACCGAACUCGGCGGCCCCUCAGCAGGCGUCUAUUUUGUCCCUCAUGGCCAAUACGCGGCUCAAGCCAUGAAGAAUCUGGGCCCGGAGAUAGUAGAUGCUAAUUAUCCGAUGGAUCAUACGCAUACGGCGCCGUACCUGGCGGAUGUGGUGGCGCAGAGCUUUGUGUUGGGGUUGAAGUGUGGGACGAGUGGGUUGGGGGGUUUGGUGAGUAAUGCGACGGCGAGGUUGGAGGGGAGUGUGCUUGGGACGUGUAUUUUGGCGAAUGGGACGUUGCCUAUUUGAUGGGGAAAGGGAAGGAGGGAGGUGGUGUGGAAGAGAGGGUUAUAGAGGGUCUUGGUGUGGUGAUGAGUUUAAUAACCUAAUGUGAAGAGAUUAUUCACGAAGCACCAUCCACG